ACAGGGAACUAUUAAAUGCUUAGCUUUUGUUUACAGCAAACUGAUAUAAAAUGAACGGUUACCCAAAAGUGAGCAAAACAGAAAAAUACGGAAACUGGGUGAAAGUUACUCAGUUUCGUUAAUCAAUAUUACUCAUUUUUUGACAUUUUGAAUCAAAAUACGAAAGUGAGUACUUUCUAAUCAAUAGUAAAAUUGAACGAGCGUGUAGAUCAUUGCACGGUGACGUCAAAAAAAAAAAGAAAAAGAAAGAAAGAGUUUUGACAGUGGUCGCGGGUUUGUUUACGUGGACUUGUAAAAUUUUUGGCUCGAGUGAAAAUGCGGAAGUGUGUUGUUAAAAAUGGCUUUACUGCCUGGUGGUAACAAAUCCGCAUAGGCGGAGAGUUGUUCGAUCUUUUUCGAACACGUAUCGUUCAUUUUCACUCUUAUCACUGAACGGUGAAUGGAAAAAAAUUAAUACCUUGUAAGCAAACCCGUAGAAAAUGUCAAAAAAGCGAAAUUAUUUUUUGUAUGCAAUGAUCUAUUGUUCGUUGUUUCUGUAUAUUUAUUGCACGGUAUGGUACGGUAAAAUCGAAAACAGGGAAACCAGAAAAACAGCAGUAUAAUAGUCACCAAUUGAUACAACAGUCGAGAUAGAGGUAGAGUUGCGAUCGAGGUCAGCUACACAUCGUAAAGCAUUCUCAGUACGUUUAGUUUUGCGUAAUCAGAGAAAGUGAAUAGCCGCACUAUGCCUAGCAAAGAAGUCAACAAGGAUUUACAAAUCGAACGAAAUAAAUGUUCUUUCAAUAAUGAAGAAUUCACUCUUUGGUGGAUAGGCGGUGAGACAAAAUUGAAGGAAAAGCACUUUCGUGAAAAAUUUUUUCUUAGUGAACCGGAGUUUUUCGAUAAAACUCCCUUGCAUUUUGCAUCGCAUAAGGAAAUAUAUGAGGAAUCAAUUCGCAAGUCAACUCUUAUUUUUCGAAAAGUGAAGAAACUUCAAGAACAGGGCAAGGAUGGCGUAGAUAAUUAUAUGGCUCUUCUGGGAGGACUGCUUGGUUCAGGGAUUAUCAGAGAAGGAAACCCGUUGGCAGUACACUUUGUUAUGUUCCUGCCAGCUAUUAUGGGUCAUGGAACACCAGAACAGCAAGCAGAAUGGAUAGGGAGAGCAUGGAAUUGCAACAUUAUUGGUACCUACGCGCAAACCGAGUUGGGACAUGGUACGUUUAUUCGUGGUUUAGAAACAACAGCAACCUAUGAUGAGAAGACGAAAGAAGUUGUGAUCAACAGUCCAACGCUUUCAUCAUACAAAUGGUGGCCAGGCGGUUUGGGUCACACUGCCAAUUAUUGCAUAGUCAUUGCCCAAUUAUAUUCCAAAGGUCACUGUCACGGAAUUCAUCCAUUCAUUGUACAGCUUCGCGACGAAGAAACUCAUAUGCCUUUACCUGGUAUCACAAUUGGAGAAAUUGGAAACAAACUGGGCAUGAAUGGGGUUAACAAUGGCUUCCUCGGAUUUAAAAAUGUUCGUAUUCCACGAACCAACAUGUUAAUGAAAAAUGCUCAAUUACAUGAGGAUGGAACGUUUGUAAAACCACCAUCAUCGGUAUUGACUUACGGAACGAUGAUGUUCGUACGUGUGGUCAUCGUAAGGGAUAUGGCUAAUUAUCUUUCUAAAGCAGUCACAAUAGCCACAAGAUAUUCUUGUGUACGUCGUCAAAGUGUUAUCAAUCCCGAUCAACCUGAAGUGCAAAUCAUCGACCACGUUACGCAACAGUAUAAGCUAUUCCCAGCUAUCGCCAAGAGUAUUAUAUUUAAGCUCACAUCGGAUAACUUAUGGGAGAUGUACAAUCAAGUAACCUCUGAACUGGAUAAAGGUGAUUUGGAACGACUGCCUGAGCUGCAUGCCAUUGCUUGUUGUCUUAAGGCUGUCUGCACCGCUGAUGCCGCUCAAGCGGUGGAGACUUGUAGAUUGGCUUGUGGUGGCCACGGUUAUAUGACCUGCGCCAAUCUCUUCGGAACUUACGGUAUGGUAACAGCUGCCUGUACGUAUGAGGGUGAAAAUACUGUUCUUCUCUUGCAAACUGCUCGAUACUUACUCAAAGUUUGGACUCAAGCUCAAAAGGGACAGGAACUAGUUCCAACAGUUGAUUAUUUGAAAAGUUUUAUUUCCAGUCGAAAUAGACGUCAAACCUGGAACGACUCAGUACCGGGUAUAAUAAAAAGUUUGCAAACUAUUGCUGCCGGUAAAUUACGUUUGGCUUCUGAACAUAUUGAGCAACGGAAGCAAGCUGGCUAUAGUCAAGAGGAAGCAGUCAAUCUUACCUCACUAGAGUUGACUCAUACGGUAGACGCACAUUGUCGUGCUUUCCUUGUGCAGUCUGGAUAUGAUAUGAUUGAAAAAGCGUGCGCGACGGCGACACCGGAAUUAACGCGCGUUUUGCGAGAUAUUUAUGAACUGUAUGCAUAUGACGAAGCCAUUAAGGCGGUAGGAGAUCUUCUGAGAUUUACAACAAUAUCGGAAAGCGAUAUUACCAGGUUACAGCAAAAGCUAGAAGAUUCACUGGCUGCUAUCCGUCCGAACGCUAUCGGAAUCGUAGAUUCAUUUGACAUUCCAGACGUAGUGUUGGGAUCGGCCCUCGGAGCUUACGAUGGCAAUGUAUAUGAGCGUUUGUUUGAGGAAGCGAAGAAAAGUCCUCUUAAUCAGGAACCAGUAAAUAAAUCAUUCCAUAUGUACCUCAAGCCAUUCAUGAAAUCUAGUUUGUAAAACUAUUUGGAAAAUGUCGCUCACGAUUAAAAUCAGCUUUAGGGGAUAGGAUAUUGGCAUGCAACGAAAGUAAUUUUUAUAAAGGAACUUUUAAGAUAAGUCGGUAUACACGCACUGGUUAUUUUUUUAUGCGUUACAAACGCAAGAUAAUAAAAAGGUGAUAUAAUUUUUA